AUGUCCAUCCCACUCACCAUCGCCGCUCUUCUCGCUGCGAUCGCCCUUGCGGCGCUGCAACCACUCUUUCGUCGUCUUUGGAGACAGCGAUCCCUCAGCAAGAUUCCGGGUCCUACAAACAACUCCUUCAUAACCGGCAACUUCCCACAGAUCUUCCGUCCGGAGGGUAUACCCUUCCAGGACCACCUUUUCUCAACAUACGGCUCGCUCUUCAGGAUCAAUGGAUAUCUUGGGGAACAUAUGCUCGUGACCUCUGACCUGGAUGCACUGCAUCAUGUCAUCGUCAAGCACGUCGACAUCUUCGAUAGUGCAGAGUACUUCCUGAUGACCCUCGACAUGGUCUUCGGCCGGGGUCUCUUGGCCGCUCCGAUCAAAGGCGACGUGCACCGCAAACACCGCAAGCUUCUGAACAGCGCCUUCAAUAUCUCUCAUAUGCGUAGACUGGUCCCGCUCUUCAACGCCCUGUCCAAGCAGGUGCGCGAGAUCAUGAUGGCGGACAUCAAGCGCACCGGACGCACUGAGACGGAUGCGCUGGACUACAUGGGUAGAGUUGCUCUUGAACUUAUCAGCCAAGGAGGGUUCGGUCACUCAUUCGGUGCUCUAAAUGGGGGCGACGACAUACUAAUUCGGUCCCUCAAGCGUUUUGCGCCGUCCAGCGCAGCCCUCCACAAGUUUCGGCCUCUUCUUCCCACUUUAAGACGCCUCUUCCCGCCUUGGCUCCUCCGCCGCGCAGGCGAAAUGAUCCCCUUCGACGCGCUUCAUGAAGUCUUCGGCGUUGCGGAUACCCUCGAUCAGUUCUCGACGGCGGUGUGGACCGAGAAGAAGCAAGCGCAUGCUGAAGGCAAAGUCUCCAGUAGCGCACUACUAGGUCAAGGACGCGACAUCCUAAGCCUUCUUCUGGAGGAAAACGACAAGACCCUCGAACAAGACAAGCUGCCCGAGAACGAGCUCAAAGCACAAAUCAACACCUUCCUAUUUGCCGGAUCAGACACGACUAGCAACGCUCUAUCGCGCAUCUUGCAUACGCUUGCGAUUCAUCCGGAGGCCCAAGAGAAACUCAGGCAGGAACUGCUCGAAGUCGGCGCGCCUCAUGGGGAUCUCGGCUAUGAUAUUCUCGACAAGCUUCCAUACCUCGACGCCGUAUGUCGCGAGUCACUGCGCCUCUUCGCACCGGUCAGGUUCUUGCAGCGCGUCGCGCGCGAGGACCACGUCCUUCCUCUCCGCGAGCCCAUCGCCGACACGAACGGGAAGAUGAUGACGGAAGUCUUUGUCCCCAAAGGCACUUUGGUCUUGUGCGCUCUUGCGGAGGUCAACCGCUCGAAGGCCAUCUGGGGAGAGGAUGCUUUGGAGUGGAAGCCCGAGCGUUGGCUCAACCCGCUGCCGGAGACUGUGGCUAGCGCUCGGGUCCCGGGCGUGUACUCUAACGUGCUUACUUUUGCGGGAGGUUCUCGGGCUUGCAUUGGCUUCAAGUUCUCGCUCUUGGAGAUGAAAUCCGUACUUGCGCAGUUCAUUCCCUCGUUCAAGUUCGAGGUAUCUGAGAAGUACCCGAUCGUAUGGCGCUACGGUGGUCUAGUUACUCCGGGCGUGGGGACACUAGAGAGCCGCAAGGCGGAGCUACCUCUUCGCGUGACGUGCCUGUAG